AUCACAUUCAGCAUCGUUGCAAACUUUUCAAAACCCCAUAUAGUCUUUGCCGUAUGCCAUUGAAUCAAACCCAAUAUUUCCUCUCUCAGUCGCUCACUAUCUUCACCUUCACCAACCAAUAUACCAGAUUCUUCACAAGUGAUUUUGGUGAAGCUUAGGUUUUUGGACUGGUUUUGUGUUAAGUGAGGUUUUGGGGUUUUUAGGGUGUUGGUAAAGUAGGUUGUGUGAAUUGGAUUGGAUUGGAUCAUUAAUUUGUGAGUUGAAAUGAGUGUGGUGGGGUUUGACAUUGGUAAUGAGAACUGUGUGAUUGCUGUGGCGAAGCACCGGGGGAUUGAUGUUUUGUUGAACGAUGAAUCGAAACGGGAAACCCCGGCUGUUAUUUGCUUUGGUGAAAAGCAACGGUUUUUGGGGUCGGCUGGGGCGGCUUCUGCUAUGAUGCACCCUAAAUCGACGAUAUCUCAGAUAAAGAGAUUUAUAGGGAGGAAGUUUAGUGACCCGGAUAUGGAAAGGGAUUUAAAGAUGCUUCCACUGGAAACUUCGGAAGGACCAGAUGGUGGUGUUUUGAUUCAUUUGAAAUACUUGCAGAGGGAUCAGACGUUUACACCGGUUCAAAUAAUGUCUAUGCUCUUUGCUCACUUAAAGACUAUGACAGAAAAAGAUUUGGAAGCACCCGUCUCGGAUUGUGUUAUUGGUAUCCCAUCGUACUUCACUGACUUGCAGAGACGGGCUUAUCUUGAGGCGGCAAGAAUUGCUGGGCUGAAGCCUUUGAGAUUGAUCCAUGAUUGUACUGCAACUGCCCUUAGUUAUGGAAUUUACAAAACAAAUUUUCAAAGCGAAGGAUUUACAUAUGUUGCAUUUAUUGACAUUGGUCAAUGCGAUACUCAGGUCUGCAUUGCAGGGUUUCAGUCUAGGCAAAUGAAGGUACUUUCACAUACUUUUGACAGGAGUUUAGGUGGGAGGGACUUUGACGAGGUUCUAUUUACUCAUUUUGCGGAAAAAUUCAAGGAACAGUACAGCAUUGACGUGUAUUCUAAUGCCAAGGCAUGCCUUAGGCUGCGUGCAGCAUGUGAGAAAUUGAAGAAAGUUUUGAGUGCAAAUCCAGAGGCACCACUAAAUAUCGAGUGUUUGAUGGAUGAGAAAGAUGUUAAGGGCUUUAUCACAAGAGAAGAAUUUGAGAGUCUCGCAUCGGGAUUGUUGGAGAGAAUUUCUAAACCUUGCAGCCAAGCAUUACUUGAAGCAGGCUUGAAUGCAGAGAAGAUUGUUUCUGUAGAACUAGUUGGUUCAGGUUCUAGGAUUCCAGCAGUAAGUACAUUAUUAACUUCUCUAUUCAAAAGAGAACCUAGCCGUAAGCUGAAUGCAAGUGAGUGUGUAGCUCGUGGUUGUGCUCUACAGUGUGCUAUGCUCAGUCCCACAUACCGUGUGAGAGACUACGAGGUCCAGGAUAUUAGUCCAUUUUCAUAUGGACUUGCAUCAGAUGAAGGUCCAAUUUCUGUAGGAUCAAAUGGUGUAAUUUUUCCAAAAGGCCAAUAUAUUCCAAGUACUGCAGUUCUACGACUCCAGCGAACUAGUUUUUUCCAGUUGGAAGCUUUCUAUCCAAAUCAAUAUGAACUACCACCUGGAACAUUUCCCAAAAUUAGUUCCUUCAUGAUUGGUCCUUUGCCUGAAUCUCAUAGUAGCAACACAACAGUUAAAGUUCGUGUUCAACUAAAUCUGCACGGCAUUUUCAGUAUUGAAUCAGCUAAAUUGAUCGCGGAUCACGCGGAUGAUAAUCAUUCAAAUUAUGAUGCAAUGGAUGUUGAUCCCGUGUCUGAGACCUCAGAUAGUUCCAAUUUUGUUGCCAAUGGCGCUGAAGAUAGUACCAAUAAGUCUGAUUCUCCACGAAGCUCUGCUGAUUAUUCAAGAAAAGAUAAAGCUAAAAGAAAGCUUCCUAUUCCAGUGAAUGAGAAUAUCUACGGUGGAAUGACAAUGGCGGAGAUUUCUGAAGCCCAUGAAAAAGAACUCCAGUUAGCCCAACAGGAUAGAGCUGUGGAACUAACCAAAGAAAAGAAGAACACUUUGGAAUCCUAUGUCUAUGAGACGAGGAGUAAGCUUUUCAAUGCAUAUCGGAGCUUUGCAAGUGAUCAAGAGAGGGACGACAUAUCUAGGAGUUUGCAAGAGACUGAGGAUUGGCUUUACGAGGACGGUGACGAUGAAACUGAAAACGCUUAUACUUCAAAACUAGAAGACCUGAAAAGGCUGGUGGAUCCAAUUGAGAAUCGAUACAAAGAUGAUGAAGAAAGAGCGCAAGCUAUAAAAGAUUUUUCAGCUCUCGUUUCCGAUAUUCACCACUUUGCAGGUUCCCUUCCACCCCAAGAGAAAGAACUGGUCAUCAAUGAGAUUAAUAAAGCAGUGCAGUGGCUAACAGAGAAAAAGCAACAACAAGAUUCUUAUCCUAAGAAUCGUGACCCAAUAUUAUGGUCGAGUAAUAUCAAGAGCGUAAUAGAGCAUCUAAACCAAAGUGUGCAUAGGAUAGUGAGAUCCAGGAGAACUUCAGAAGACAAUGACAAAUUUUCGGAAGACAUUGACCGAGACAAGACAGAUACUUCCAAUCAUUCAUGAAGACAUUGAUGGCAGGAAGGAGAAUUUUUCAUCGCUCGUACCUUCUGACAAAUAUAGAAGAAAAAAAAUCUGCAUUUUAUUUCGUUUCUCAUUUUUCGCGCUCGGAGAUUUGAAUGAUGCGAAUUUAAGUAGAUAGAGUUAUUAACGAUCAUUUAUUCUUCGGAGUUUUCUAGAGGUUUUGAGGUUUUUAUUUUUUAUUUUGAUGUUUUCUCUAAUCUUUUCUGAUGUGAUGUAGUAUUUUCAAACUGGUACUUGUUUCUGCACUGUGGUAAAAAAAAAAUUCACUAUAAGUUAAAUGGCCUGUGUUGGUGUAUGUGUGAAGCUUGUAUCGCAAGAUAGCUAUAUUUACUCUAUGGAGUUCAUUUAUAUGUCUGUUUUAUAAUUUAUUAAGUUUUUAUUU